CCCCUGUACGGGUUCCACGCCCAGGAGUUCAUCCCGUUCCGCUUCGCCAGCGGCGGCGGGCGCGAGCUCUACUUCUACGAGGAGAAGGAGGUGGAGCUGAGCGACAUCAUCAACACCCCCCUGCCCAGGGUGCCCCUGGACGUCUGCCUCAAGGCUCACUGGCUCAGCAUCGAGGGCGUGCAGCCGGCCAUCCCCGAAAACCCCCCGCCAGAUCGGCCCCAAAUUGGCCCCUACAAGGAGAUCACCGAGGCCUGCGUGGGCUCCUGCGAGGCCAAACGGGCUGAGGCGCUGCAGAGCAUCGCCACCGACCCGGGGCUGUACCAGAUGCUGCCGCGCUUCACUCUGCUCAUCUACCUGAUGCGGAUGGUGAAGGCCCUGAUGGACAACCCCACGCUGUACCUGGAGAAAUACCUGCACGAGCUGAUCCCGGCGGUGAUGACGUGCAUCGUCAGCCGCCAGCUCUGCCUGCGCCCGGACGUGGACAACCACUGGGCCCUGCGGGACUUCGCCGCGCGCCUGGUGGCCCAGGUGUGCAAGAACUUCAGCACCACCACCAACAACAUCCAGUCCCGCAUCACCAAAACCUUCACCAAGAGCUGGGUGGAUGACAAGACGCCCUGGACCACGCGCUACGGAUCCAUCGCGGGGCUGGCCGAGCUGGGCCACGACGUGAUCAAGACCCUGAUCCUGCCGCGGCUGCCGGCCGAGGGCGAGCGCGUGCGGAACAUUCUGGAAGGGCCGGUGGUGAGCACCAUCGACCGCAUCGGCGCCGACCACGUGCAGAGCCUGCUGCUGAAGCACUGUGCCCCCGUGCUGGCCAAGGCGCGGCCGCCCCCCGACAGCCCCGAGUGCUACCGCGGCGAUUUCGGCUACCUGGGCGCGCUGCUCUGCUCCCACGUGGUCAAAGCCAGGGCCCAGGCGGCCCUGCAGGCCCAGCAGGUCAACAGGACCACGCUGACCAUCACCCAGUCACCUCCCCGCUGUCCCCAGGUGAUCACGCUGAGCACGUCGCCCGCCCCCACGGCCACCUCCCCUGUCACCACCACUGUCCCCAGCGUGCAGCCACUGGUCAAACUGGUGUCCCCCGGUGUCCCCGGUGCCACCACCGCCGCCACCACCGCCACGGCCGGUGUCCCCGGCGUCCCCGGCGUCCCCGGCGCGGUGCAGAAAUACAUCGUGGUGUCCCUGCCGCCCGCCGCGGGGGACGGCAAGGGUGGCACUGCCACCACCGCCACCCCCCCGCCCGCCCCCGCCCCGCAGCUGUCCCCAAGUGCCACCGCCGCCACCGCCGGCGGGUCCCCGGUGGCCGCGGCCAGGGCGGAGGCUGGGGACAGUCCCCAAGGGGCCACCGCUGUCCCCUCGGGAAAGGCCAACGGGACCCCCGGGGUGGCGGCGCAGGAGCCGCCGGCCGGGCAGUGA